AUGACUUCUAGUGUAGAGUUUAAUGCUGAAAGUUUUCUGAAAUCUGCCAGUGUAUGUGUUAAAGAUGUAGAGGCAUUGCGCAAAGAUGAGUUGAAGGCCCUUGGGGAAUACCUAGGUAUUGGUGAAACACUGUCAGGUAUGUUGAAAUCUAAGAUGGUGCGAGUAUUAAGUGAACAUUUGCGGUUAGUUGAGGAGGAGGAGGAAGAGGAGGAAGAGAUGUCUGUUGACAGCCAGGUACUUCUAGCUAAGAUAGCAUGGGAAAAAGAGAAAUUAGAAAGACAAGAACGGGAAAGGGAAAAGGAAAGACAAGAAAGGGAAAAGGAAAGAAAUUUUGAGUUGGAAAAGAUGAGAUUAGAGCAGGAACUUAAUAAAAGUGGUCCUAGUGGGUCAGAGUUUGGGUUUAGAUAUGGUGGUGGUAAAGUUCAGGAAUUUGAUAUGGCUCGGGAAAUUAAACUAGUACCGAGAUUUCAAGAGCAGGACGUGGAUACCUAUUUUUUGUCAUUUGAGAAAAUUGCCAAACGACUUGCAUGGCCUGAACGUUAUUGGACCUUGUUGUUGCAUAGCGUGUUUACUGGAAAAGCUAGCGAAGUAUGUUCCACUCUUGAUGAGGAGCAGUAUUCCGAUUAUGAAUUUGUGAAAGCUGCAGUUCAGUCAGCCUAUGAAUUAGUGCCCGAAGCUUAUAGACAGAGAUUUAGGCAUUUGCAGCAUACUUGUGGGCAAACAUUUGUUGAGUUUGCUAGGGAGAAAGAGCUAGUUUUUGAUAAAUGGUAUAGGUCCCUCCAGGCAGAGAAAGAUUUUUGUAGUUUACGGGAGGUAGUGUUGUUGGAGGAAUUCAAAGAUAGCAUUCCCCUAGAUAUUAAAACCCACCUUGAUGAGCAUAAAGUGAAAAAUAUUAGAAAUGCAGCUGCUGUGGCCGAUGAUUAUGAAUUAACCCAUAAGAAGAGUGUAAAGUCCUAUUCCUCCAGAUGGAAUAAUAGGCGUUCCCGUGGUGCUAAUGGUGCAUUGGACGGUGAGGCUAGUGGUGAGAGUACUAAAAGUCAGUCUGUAACACCUAAACCAGCUGAGAACAAGAGAGUAUGGGAAAAACCUCUUUGUUACUAUUGUAAGAAGCCAGGGCAUGUGAGGGCAGAGUGUUUCAAGUUGAAGAAUGAGAGGCAGUGGAGAAAGCCAGUAGCAUUUGCCAGGGUUAGAGACCCUGUUAGGAAAGUAGUAGGGAGUUCAGCCAUGCCUGGAAAAAGAUGUGGAAUUCUUGAUGUACCUGAAGAGUAUAAAAACUUCGUGUCAAAGGGUGAGGUAUCCCUUGGUAAGGUUAGUGAUAGUAAGCCUGUAGUUAUACUCAGAGACACUGGGGCAGCUCAGUCUUUAAUGUUGGCUGGUGUAUUACCUUUAGAUAAUGUAAAUACAGAUGCCAGUGUGCUGGUUCAGGGUAUUGGAGGUGGUUAUGAGUCUGUUCCCUUGUAUAAUGUCAAGUUGAGGUCUGAUUUGGUCACUGGAGAUGUGACUGUUGGUGUGGUCAAGUCCUUGCCGAUAGAGGGCGUUACUUUUCUACUGGGUAAUGACCUGGCUGGGGGUAAGGUGAGUGUACUCCCCGUGGUUUCUUGUAAGCCUGUGGUUAAUGACAAGACUGAAGAGUUGCUUGAAUUAUAUCCUGGUAUAUUCCCUGCGUGUGUUACUAGGUCACAAACUAGUAAGGAGAGACAGGAUGAGCUGGUGUCAGAGGUAGUGAAGGAAGACUCUGGUGUGUGGUUAGCGGAGACUUUCUUUGGUGAUUUGAAGGAUGGUAGUGAGAUUAAGACUGACUUCAGUCACUCUUCACUAGUAGAGCAGCAAGAAGCAGAUUGCACCUUGAAAGAGCUAAUGGCGAGUGCAUUGAGUGAGAAUGAGGCUGAAAAUCUUCCGAAGUGUUGUUACAUGAAGGAUGGUGUUUUAAUGAGGAAGUGGCGACCUCCCAGUUCCCCAGCUGAUGAGGACUGGACGGUAGUUCACCAAAUAGUGGUGCCUCACUCUUAUCAGCAUGAGAUACUUAGAAUAGCUCAUUCUAUCCCUGUGGCUGGGCACUUGGGUAUAAGAAAGACUGAUGCCAGAAUAAUGGCACAUUUUUACUGGCCCAAAUUACAUAGAGACGUGGUUGACUACUGCAAAACGUGUCAUACUUGUCAGGUUGUAGGAAAACCCCAGCCUGCUAUUAAGCCUGCCCUUUGUGCUUAUCCCAGCAUUUGGUGGAGCCAUUCAGUAUCUGAGGUAGUGCCUUUGAAAACUAUAACUGCUAAGGUAGUGGUGGAGGCAUUGGUGCAUUUUUUUACAAGGUAUGGUCUUCCUAAAGAAAUUCAGUCUGACCAAGGGUCAAACUUUAUGUCUGGGUUAUUUCAGGAAGUUAUGCAUCAGCUGGGGGCGAGUCAGCUCAAAUCCUCUGCUUAUCAUCCCCAGUCUCAGGGAGCAUUAGAAAGGUAUCAUCAAACUUUGAAGAACAUGCUCGGGUCAUACUGUACAGAGUGUCCGGAGGAUUGGGAUAAGGGAAUACCCCUUGUAUUGUUUGCUACUAGGGACACUCCCAGUGACUCUACAGGGUUUAGUCCAUUUGAACUUGUGUAUGGUCAUAAUGUCAGGGGUCCCCUGAAGCUUCUAAAAGAAAAGUUUCUAGUUGCUGAGCCAGAGACCAAUAUGCUAGAUUAUAUAUGCAAGUUUCGAGAACGCUAUUUUAAAGCAGGCGAGAUAGCUGCUGAACAUCUUAAGGUGUCCCAGAAUGUUACGAAAAAGAAGUCUGAUAGAAAUGCAAAAGCACGCCAGUUUAGCCCAGGUGACAAGGUCUUAGUAUUAUUACCGUUAGUGGGUGAGCAAUUAGCUGCUAAGUUUAGUGGGCCCUAUGAGAUUAAAAAGAAACUUAGUGAGGUCAAUUAUUUAAUUAGUACCCCUGAUCGCCGAAAACAUCAACGAGUUUGUCAUAUUAACAUGAUAAAGAAGUAUUUUGAUUGUAAGGGAGAACCCCAUAAGAUGAUAGGUGUAGUUGGUUCUGGUAAUCAUACUUUUGAGCGCGAAGAUGAUCCUGAUCCUGGAGAGUUUGAUAUGUCACAACUGGAUCCACAAACUGCUGUAUUAUCCAAUUCUGAGACCUUAUCCAACUUGUCGUCUUUGUUGAGCUAUUUACCUGAGUCUCAAAGAGAAAGUUUUUGCGAGUUGAUUUUUGAAUUUCAACAUUUGUGUUCUGAUGAAUUGGGUCGUACCACUUUGGCUUGGCAUGAUGUGGAUGUCGGUAAGGCUAUCCCCAUUAAGCAGGCGCCAUACAGACUCAACCCUGUUAAGUUGGCCAAGGUUAGGAAGGAGGUUCAGUACAUGUUACAGCAUGAUAUAAUCGAACCCAGUCAGAGUAGCUGGAGUUCUCCCAUUGUUCUCAUCCCCAAACCUGAUGGUUCUUUGAGAUUUUGUAUUGAUUCCGUACGAAUUGAAGAUUGCAUUGACAAAGUUGGGAAAGCAAAGUACAUCAGUAAAGUAGAUUUACUUAAAGGUUAUUGGCAGGUUCCUCUGACUAAUAAGGCCAAAGAAAUAUCAGCCUUUGUCACGCCUGAUGGUUUGUUUCAUUGUAAAGUUCUUCCAUUUGGCAUGAAAAACGCUCCAGCAACCUUCCAGCGCCUAAUGGAUAGAGUAAUACAAGGUGUACCAAAUUGUGUUGUGUAG